AUGGUUGCAUUAGGACCUGCCCUUGGCUUUUUAAUGGGUUCUGCACUUCUUUCUCAAUGGAUAAAUAUUGGUCGUAAUGAAAUUCCAAAUGGCAUAACAACAAAUGAUCCUCGUUGGAUUGGUCGUUGGUGGGCUGGAUUUCUUGUAUCAGCAUGUUCAUUAACAAUUUUGUCAUUUUUUCUUUGUACAUUUCCUGCUAAAUUAUCACGAGAUAUUAAUCAAACAGCCGAAUCAGUAGAUGUAACACAAUCAACAAAUUCAGUAUGUGCUCUUGGUCAAGCUGCAACAAGACGUCAUACUUUACCCAAAUUAACAAAUCCAACACAAUGUAAAUCUUUAUGUCAAAUAUCAAAAAUAAAAGAUAUUUUUACAAGUAUAACUGAUCUUUUAAUGAAUUUCACAUAUCUUUUAAUUGUUUUGAUUAAUUCAGUAGAAAGUAUACUUGUUGUAUCAUUUACAACAUUUAUGGUAAAAUAUAUCGAAUCUGUAUUUAAUUUAUCUUCAUCAUUAUCAAGUACAUUAACUGGUUCAAUCGUUGUUCCAGCAGCUGUAUUUGGUACAUUCACAGGUGGAUAUUUAGUUCGUCGUUUUCAUAUGGGCAUUCUUCAAUGUGUAAAAAUGAUUUUAAUUGUUUGUUUAAUAUCAUGGUUUGGUUUAUUUGCACUUUUAUUUCUAAAAUGUCAAUCAACAACUAUAUAUCAAGGUGAUACAGAAUGUUCUAAAUCGUGUCAUUGUUCGCCCUAUGUAUAUGAACCAAUUUGUUAUCAAGAACAAGUUACUUAUCUUUCACCAUGUCAUGCUGGUUGUACAUUUAUUAAUGGAACAGAUUAUUCAAAUUGUAAAUGUUUAUCAAAAGGAGAAAAUGUUCGUUUAGGUUCGUGUCAAAAUACAUGUUUUACUGAAACAUUUUUAUUUUUAUCGAUAUUAUUUGUUGUGACAUUUUUUCAAACAUUAAUGGCAACACCACAAUUAAUGAUAAUAUUACGUUCAGUUCAACAUGAACUUCAAUCAUUUGGUUUAGGUUUAGAAAAUUGUAUCAUGAAAAUUCUUGCUCAAAUUCCUGCACCAAUCUUAUUUGGAAUUAUUAUUGAUAAUCAAUGCUUAUUUUGGUCUCAAGCAACAUGCGAUCGUCGUGGAUCAUGUUUUAUAUAUAAUGGAGAUCGACUUCCAUUUACAUUGUUUGGUACAGCAAUUAUUAUUAAAGGAAUUUCAUUUUUUCUUUUAAUUAUUUUACUUAUUGUGACGAUAAGACGACAUAAACUACCAAAUAAUCCUUCUUCUUCUUCUCCUCAUUCUGAUCCUGAUCAUCCUCUUCCUCCUUCUGCAACAUUGCAAUCUCAAGAACAAGAAGACCCUUUAAUUAUUUCAACUUCAUAG